UCUGGAAUAGAGUAUUUGAAGUUGUUAGGUGUAACACAUACAGUUAGUUAAGGUGGUAAAUAUUCUUUCUUAUUAUACCAUUUAUGUACAAAAGAAUUUCUUUUUAAAAUCGGAAAAGUUUUUGAAGGGUAAUAAUUUCAGUUAGAGACGCCAACGUUUUAUAAAAUUACAUUAUUAGUAUUACAGGUUGGAAGAUGGGUUGCUGUUUCAGCAGCGAUGACGAUAAAAACUCGCAGGAUGGAGAGCCAAAUGAAAGAACAACACUAUUGGGUAACCCUGUGAGCAGCUCUUCAAGUAGACCUACUAGUGAAGAUUAUAGAAGAAGAAUAUCUUAUCCACUUAGUAAGAAAGCUGAGGAAGCAGCACAUAAUAGAAUUUUACGUUACGUAGAAGCAAAUUUGAUUGAUAUAUCGCAUAUGAAUUCCCAACUGGAACAGCAGGAGUACUUAGAUAGAGCUCAUGAAUAUAGUCAUAAAAUUGCAACUACUGCUUUGGCAUAUACAUAUCUUCAAAAAAGGCCAUUUGUGUUAGUUGACCUUCCAGCUCCAGAAAAGGGUCUUGCAAUCAUUCCUAUACCUUGGAGUGAUCUGAAAUUGCUGAAUAAUACUUGUGAAAAUGUGUUGAAUGCUCUCCAAGAAAUCAAGGUUGAACAUAAGGAAGAGCUUGUGGUUCAGUUUGAAAUUCAUUGAAAUUGGUCUAACAGUUUUUGAUCAAAUGGCCAUUAUUCUUUGAUGGAAAUAAGCAAAUAAGUAUGGUAUAAUUGAACAUUCAUCAUCAAGUUAUUCCAAAUGGCACUUGAUGAAUGUUUUGCAACAUUUUUGAGCGGUGCUAACAAAACUAGUUCUGUACGAAGUGUUGUAUGUUAGAAACCUGUUAUAAUUUACAUAGCUUAUUUCAAGUACUAGAACACCAAAUAUUUGAUUUAUUUUUAGUUGUGUGCCUUUAAUAUCUAACAUACUGAACUUCAAAUGUUAUUGAGCUUAUGAAACUAUUAGUGAAGAAAGGAUUUGGGAAGAUCUCCAUGAGAAUGUAAAAUCCCAAACAUUCAUUACAAAAUAGUUCUCAUUUAGUAUCAUAAAGCUUACUUACAAGACACGUGUAAGACGAAUAACAAGUAAUUAAGACAAGUUAUGUAUGUUUAUUGAAAGUGUCUUAAAACUACUGUUGAGUUAUUAAACUUAAAGAAUAACAAUGGUAAAAGAAAGUAGCAUAAUGUGUUUAAUAACAGUUCAUGUAGUUGCAACCAGCAAUAUUAUAUACCUUGCAAGAGAAGAUGUACAAUGUAUGUAACAUUCCAAAUGUACAAAAGAUUGUUUACUUCGAAGAUAAUGUUUUUGCAUGAUCAAUCAUCUUAUUUAAAACCUGGGAUUAGCUUAUCAGCUUUCAACUAAUCUAACAUAAGCUGCUGGCCUGUUUAUGUGAAGUAAAGCUGAAAGUAUUCUCUCCUGUAAUCAUACACAUUUGUGGUGUUCACAAUAGAUUUAAUAUUUAUUACAGGCAUUUUGUAUUUCUAAGGUUGUCUCCCAUUCAUAGAUAUUGUAUAUGAUUUCAUUGUUCUUUUUUUUAAAUCAAAAUAAAAAGCAGAAAUGAAACCUUUCACUCUCAAUGUACAUACCAAAGUACAGAUAUUUUUAUUAAGUCUUUGUACUAUUGAAAUAGUUGGUCUUUUUUUGGUUAACCACUAAUGUUUUUUACUCGUUUAUAUUAUUUCUACCCUAAUUAUUUUUUCUCCAGUAUUCUUACAUUAAGAAAUAAACUCAUUAAAUAAUGAAUACUGUAUUCUGUGCCAAGUUGAUUUCUUGUCUCAUUCACUCACUUUUCAUCGUUUUUCUAUGUCUGUCUUUCCAUUUCAGUUUACACUUUAAGAUAAUAGUUAACAUAUGUAUUUUUAAAUAUUUUAUUUUCAGUUUCUAUGCUCUGGGAACAUGGCAAUUAAAAGUAAUAGAGUAAAAAUGAGCACAAAUAAGUACAUUGAGGUUUUAUAAAUAAAAAUAAAUAAACUUCAAGUUUAAAUUUAUUUGCAUUAAAAGUCUGCUUGUGCUUGACUUUUAUGAGUAUUUUAUCACAAA